AUGUUUGUAUUGGUCUCCAUAGUUGCGACUAUUCUAGCUUGCUGCGGUGCAUUUGCCCAGGUGACUGAAGACGACCAAAAUCAAGUUCAUCGGCACAACGAUUCGAAAAGGCUGUUGUCUAUAAACCAGACGUUUUACCUUCUCUACCGUUCUGAAAGAAACGAUUCUGCCUUGCCCGACGCACAGUGCACUCAAACGAGGCAUGGCGAUGGUUUUGAAAACCGGGAAACUGUCUCAGUUCUUAGGAGGCUCUUUUACGUGCAUCACAAAGGCCAUAUAAACCGACAUUUUAUCGUGAUCUAUCCGAAUAAAUCUAACGAAAUUCUCCCAUACGAUGACUCGAUGACAAUCAAAAUCCUGGCAGUUUAUUUAGGCGAAAGACCGAUAUAUAGUGAUCUGCUCUUCACCGACUAUUCGACCUGCUUCGCCGUGAGAAGACCCGCGGAUGGUGUGUACGAGUUGUGGUCGAUUGGCAGGCCGAAUCUUACAAAUAUAAACCCAAAGUGCCGUUCUGCCUACGAACAGGAUCCCGAGAUUCCUGGUUCCUCUGCCGUUAGACCAAAAUAUGACGUCUUCAACGAGACGGCAUGCUGCCACACAAGGCCCAUUGAAUAA